AUGAGAUUAGCCACGGGAAAUCUGGCUGUGCUGUUAGUUUUUCAGACACUGAGUUUCACCGAGGAAAAAAAGUUUGUAAAAGUAGUCAUAGAGAAAAUGAGUUUCCUUAUCUCUGUGGAUCAUGGUCCGUUUAGAGGAUGCAAAGCUACAAUUCGAACACCAAUGCUGGUCCCUGCAACUUCUGUAAAUAAUACAAAGAGUAUGAAUAUCUCCACUUGUGAUCAUGGUAAACUGGUAUUCAAUGUUAGAUAUCCCAGAUAUCCACCAGACCCUAAAGUAGCCUCCGUUGUGGAUGUCUCAUUCACGUCAUUUAACGUCGACAAUCCCCCUACCUGCAGUAUUCCAUGGAACGUUACCUAUCGGUUUCCAACCGGACAGAGUUAUUCAUCGCUACCCGGCUGCUUCACAAAAGUCGUUCAGCCUGCAUUUGAUUUCUACCUUGAACAUGCUUAUUACUUUAAGAUCUAUGACUGGAAGGGACAUCUUGAGAGUUUUGAUGAUGGCGCAUAA